UCUUGAGCUCGCCGCUGCGCACGUCUCUCACAAAGUGUUCAAAGUUCCCUCAUAUUUCAGUCUUCCCACGACUUCUAUGGUUAAUCACCGCCACUGCCGUUUCAUUUGUGUGUUUAUUGGCAUCAUUGGGCGCACACAGUCUCAUUGAGGAGCUCGACGGGCCCAUAAAGGGUGUGCCGUAUGAAUAGUUGAACAAAGGACCUUUUGGUGCUCAGAAGAGGCUGAAACCUGAAACGGAGUGAUUCACUCUGGACACUCACACACUGAGAGGCAGCAGAGAGGAGAGUGAUCAAGAGACUGCUGCUGCUGCUGUGAGGGCUUUACAGGUGCUUAAGAAGACCAGAUCAGCGAGAAGAAGACCAAGCCCCCCCCCCCCGUUCCAACCAGCCCCUUGCAUGAGCUGCAUUUUUAAAAAAGGAGAAGAAGAAGACACUCGGAGUGGACCACACCCAGAGCCUCCGAAAAGAGUCUCCUCCUCUCGCCUCCCAAACUUGUAAUCACCGGCGGGACAUCUUUGGCACCGCAGAGACCGCUGAGAGCCACCAGCAGUCUCCGUUCUCCUGCCAGGAUGUCUGCAGUCCAGGAGCUCCUCCUGCUGCUGCUCCCUGUGGCUCUGCUGGCGCUUCAAGCAACUCUGUGCCGCGGAGCCUGUGUGGAGGUGGACUCGAACACGGAGGCCGUGGCCGAGGAGGGCUUCAAACUGGGCUGCAUCUCCUGUAAGAGGAGGGGCGAGGUGGAAGCCACAGCCUUCGUCAAGUGGUCCUUCAGAGCCUCGACUGAGACCGAGUUCACCGAUGUGUACACUUAUGAAAACAGACGGUCCAACAUCACCGACCAGCGUUUCUUCGAUCGCGUGCACUGGAACGGCAGCAAGAACACCGAAGACCUGCAGGACGGCUCCAUCUUCAUCCUCAACGUGACCUUCAACGACAGCGGGACCUACCUGUGCACGUUCAACCGCACCCUCAAGUACCUCAACUUCGAGUUCCAGACCUCCAAGAACAAGACGGUCGUCAUGAGAGUGGUGUCGCGGCUCACCAGGGACCUGGCCUCCAGCUUGUCCGAGGUGAUGAUGUACGUUUCCAUCAUCGGGCUGCAGGUGUGGCUGGUGAUCGAGAUGAUUUACUGCUACAAGAAGAUCUCGGCGGUGGGAGGGGAAGCUCGGAGAGAGAGCGCGGCGGAGUAUUUAGCGAUAGCCUCGGAGAGUAAAGAUACCUGUGCCGGUGUACAGGUGGCAGAAUAGCACCGGUCAAAGAAGUCCUUCUUCCAUGAGCCUCUCCUCUCCCUGUGACGGACAUCCCGUCAUCCUCUUCACAAGAUGAAGAAGACAAACCAGAAGAGGAGAAAGAUCUUAUCUACAUUUUUUCUUUUUUUACUUCUCAGGAUGGAAAGAACUGAACCGCUUCCUGCUUUGAGGGACGCGUCAGCAGAAUGUGGCGAAUCAGGAGAGACUUGAACUGUAUAUACACAGAUAAUCCUAUAUAUCCACAUUAUAGCCCUACACUUAUAUCCACUAUACCUGCAUGCCUGUUCAUAUUCAUAUCGACCAAUACCAUGCAUCUGAUGUCCUUUUGUUCAUUUCAAAUUGUGUGUAUUUUACUUUUAAAUACUACCACGACUGCAAAUGUCGAUGAUGUAAUACAACUAGAAAGCACAGAGGGAAGGAAACACUGCUGCAACACAGACAGUCAGGACUUUGCCAUUUCAUAUUGGAUUGUUUAUACUGUUUUUAACUGUUUUUACAUCCGAGAGCUGAAGGUGACGAAAUCAGUCACAAGGUUGUUAGAAAGUGUUGUUUUUGUGCAAAAAGCAAGAUGUUGGUGGUAUUCCCUUUUUAAACAAAUGAAUCCAGAAAAGGAGCAGAAAUGGCACCUGAAGCCAAAGAGUGACACGUGACAAGACACGCCGACUUCAUUGGACGACACAACAAUGGGGAGCACACACACACACACACACCUCCCUGGGUGGGUGAAGCCAGUUGAAACCAAAUAAAGAUUUAAAGGAGAGGUGGUGGAGCCUCGUUACAAAGCUU